CUGGGGGAACUGGUGUUGCAGUUUGUUGGCCUCAUAAGAACUGUAUUAGUUGUGACCAUUGUGGUAGACUGGAAGUGCGCUGCGGACGUUGAACCAGUUGUUGCCACCAUGGAGGUCGCAGAAACUGCAGCCCCGGUGGAGAACGGCGACUCUGAAAUGACCACAGAGGAGACAUGGGACCUGAAAGGGGUGGAGCCCAAUGAGGAAGAACCAGGAGGAGGGCCUGGUGGCGACGGGGGACCAAUAGUUGUUGAGGAGAUUCUGGAGGAGGAAGUCCUAGAGGAGGAGGAAGACUUGCCAAUCAUGCCUAAAGUGGUCGCCCUCCCACCAGACGCGCCCAAGAAGGAACAUGUGAACGUGGUGUUCAUCGGGCAUGUUGAUGCUGGCAAGUCUACCAUCGGAGGACAAAUCAUGUAUUUAACAGGCAUGGUGGAGAAGAGAACUCUGGAGAAGUAUGAAAGAGAAGCCAAGGAGAAGAACAGGGAAACCUGGUACCUCUCCUGGGCUCUGGACACUAACCAGGAGGAGCGAGACAAGGGGAAGACUGUGGAGGUGGGCAGAGCGUACUUUGAAACUGAGAAAAAGCACUUUACCAUCCUGGAUGCGCCAGGCCACAAAAGCUUUGUGCCCAAUAUGAUCGGAGGAGCGUCGCAAGCUGACCUGGCUGUGCUGGUGAGUCCAUACCAGGAAGGAGAGUUUGAGACGGGCUUUGAGAAGGGUGGACAGACACGGGAGCACGCCAAUGUUGGCCAAACGGCGGGGGUGAAGCAUCUGAUCAUCCUCGUCAACAAAAUGGACGACCCCACAGUGAACUGGAGCCUAGAGAGGUACGAAGAAUGCAAGGAAAAACUAGUGCCAUUUUUGAAGAAGGUUGGCUUCAACCCCAAGAAAGACAUUCACUUCAUGCCCUGCUCCGGCCUCACAGGAGCCAACCUCAAGGAGCCUGUUGAGUCGUGCACUUGGUAUACGGGGUUACCAUUCAUUCCACAUCUGGACAGUUUGCCAAACUUAAACAGAGUGAGCGACGGACCAGUCAGAUUACCCAUCGUAGACAAAUACAAGGACAUGGGUACUGUCAUCCUGGGGAAACUGGAGUCAGGGUCCAUCAGUAAAGCACAGCAGCUUGUCAUGAUGCCAAACAGGCACACAGUGGAGGUGUUGAGCCUGCUGAGUGAUGACGUGGAGACAGACGAUGCUUCUCCUGGAGAGAACCUGAAGCUGAGACUGAAGGGCAUCGAGGAGGAGGAGAUCCUGCCAGGCUUCAUCCUCUGUAACGCUGAGAACCUCUGCCACUCUGGACGCACCUUUGACGCCCAGAUUGUCAUCAUUGAACACAAGUCCAUUAUCUGCCCUGGUUACAAUGCUGUCCUCCACAUCCACACCUGCAUCGAAGAAGUGCAAAUUACGGCCUUAAUCUGUCUGGUAGACAAGAAGUCGGGAGAGAAAAGUAAGACGCGACCGCGCUUUGUGAAACAGGACCAGGUGUGCAUUGCCCGUCUGCGCACCGCCGGAACCAUCUGCCUUGAAACCUUCAAAGACUUCCCCCAGAUGGGACGGUUCACCCUACGGGAUGAAGGUAAGACCAUUGCCAUUGGUAAGGUGCUGAAGCUCGUUGCUGAGAGGGACUGAAGCGGUUGCAUGGGAGUCCCCGGUCACAGUCCGGCACCAUGGUGGGGUGGUGGUGAAGAGUGGGGUCAGGGGUCAUUGAUGGGAACACAGGCGGUUCUCUCCCCCCCUUGACCUGUCGAUGAUCAGCUUAAAAAACUUCUCUGAAAAAGAAACCUGUUUUUAAGCAAAUGAAAAACGAGAUCAAGUACACACGAGUCAGCUUUCUCAUAUUGAGAGCUCAGCUAUGCCAUUUUUGGGUUGGGCCCUGCCCCCAAACCCAUUCCCUCACACCCCUACUCUGGUCUACUCAUGACCAUAAAACACAAUUUUUUUCUCUUCCAGUUUUUUUUAUUUUAAUUUUUUCUUCCAUUGAAAAUGUAAAAUGGCAGCAGUUAUAUCUGUAACCAGACGAGGACCAGGAUUUGCUUGUAAUACAGAAAAAUAUAUUAUUUACAAAAAAAGAUGUUUGAGAAUUUAACAAGUUGAAACCAAACUGUUAUUAUCUUGGUUGUACAAAGGGUUGCAAAUAUCCACUAACUUCCCAAAAUUCAUAAUCAGGGGGGAAUAGGCAGGGAAUCCGGAAUCCUCCAGCCAGGAUUUCUGGAAAACCUGGGAAUUUUGUGAAAAUUAACGGAUUUUUGCAACCCUAGUUGAACAUGUCUCCCAUUGCUUUUACCCACUUUUGGUUUCUCUUAUAUGGCGUUCUGGCGGUGUGCUUGAGCGCCUUCACAUGUUAUUAAAGCAAACUACUAUGACAAUAAAAUAUAAAAAUUGGA